AUGGCAGCUUUUCAAUCUCCUCUCUCUUUGGCUCUUGCAAUUGCACUUCUGUGUGUUUCUAGCUUUGGCUGCAUCUAUGCCCGCAAGGUUGGCUUCACUGUGGACCUAAUCCACCGUGAUUCACCUCUGUCCCCUUUCUACAACUCUGAAGAGACUGACCUCCAGCGUAUCAACAAUGCUUUGCGUCGAUCCAUUAGUCGUGUCCGCCACUUCGAUCCAAUUGCUGCUGCUUCGGUCUCUCCUAAAGCGGCUGAAUCUGAUGUUACAUCCAACGGAGGUGAAUACCUCAUGAGUUUAUCCUUGGGGACACCGCCUUUUAAGAUUAUGGGCAUAGCAGAUACAGGAAGUGAUCUGAUAUGGACACAGUGCAAGCCAUGCGAGAGAUGUUACAAACAAGUGGAUCCUCUUUUUGAUCCAAAGUCUUCCAAAACUUACAGAGAUUUUUCUUGUGACGCAAGGCAAUGCAGCUUGCUGGAUCAAAGUACUUGCUCUAGUAAUAUUUGCCGGUACCAGUAUUCUUAUGGUGAUCGAUCGUACACCAUGGGAAAUGUUGCUUCUGAUACCAUCACUUUGGAUUCCACAACAGGCAGUCCAGUGUCUUUCCCUAAAACUGUCAUUGGUUGUGGACACGAAAAUGAUGGAACCUUCAGUAACAAAGGUUCAGGUAUCGUUGGCCUUGGAGCCGGUCCACUGUCCCUUAUUUCUCAAAUGGGUUCUUCAGUCGGUGGCAAAUUCUCCUACUGUUUGGUGCCACUUUCCUCCCUAGCUGGAAACUCGAGCAAACUAAACUUUGGUAGAAACGCUGUUGUUUCAGGUCCUGGAGUUCAAUCUACCCCAUUGUUAUCUUCAGAAACCAUGUCCACCUUCUACUUUCUAACUCUAGAAGCCAUGAGUGUUGGAAAUGAGAGAAUAAAAUUCGGCGAUUCUUCUUUGGGAACCGGUGAGGGAAACAUCAUCAUUGAUUCAGGUACAACUUUGACAAUUGUUCCAGAUGAUUUCUUCUCCGAUCUUUCAACAGCGGUAGGCAAACAAGUUGAGGGACGGCGUGCUGAGGACCCAAGUGGAUUUCUGAGUGUUUGUUAUAGCGCUACUUCUGAUCUCAAGGUUCCUGCAAUCACUGCACAUUUCACUGGUGCGGAUGUGAAACUUAAACCCAUUAACACCUUCGUUCAAGUUUCAGACGAUGUUGUGUGCUUGGCCUUCGCCUCUACUACAUCUGGAAUUUCAAUCUACGGAAACGUUGCACAAAUGAACUUCUUGGUAGAAUAUAACAUUCAAGGGAAGUCCCUGUCUUUUAAGCCAACAGAUUGCACCAAAAAGUAA